UUGCUGUUUCUCCUCACAAUUCACAGCCAACAGCAGGAUGAAAGUUCUCCUCUGCCUGAUUAUUUUGUGCAUCAUGAUGACAUUGAGUGAUGGAGCUUGCUUCACUACACUCCCCAAACUGGGGGCCAAAGGUUGCGCUGAUCCACAUGAUAAGAAGUUACAUCCCCCUGCAUCUCAAUGGCAGUCUAAUAACUGCAUGGACUGCACAUGUGAUCCUCAAUCUCAACUUAAUUGCUGCAGCAAACAUGGUGUUGCCAGUGUGCCAGGAUGCAAACCAGUUCUUGAUGUAAAAAAAUGUACAGUUACAUUCUUUAAGGAUGAUGAUCUUACAGAGCCAUGUCCCAUUUUUUGGUAAUAUAUGGUACGAAUUUUGUCGCACAGCAC